AUGCCGGUGCCAGACAACGCAUCGUCUGCUUUCGCUGGCAAUGGAACGACCAACCACUUGGCUGUAGAUGAAGGCAUCGCAGGUGUCCUCUCGCUCUCGCAGUCCAUCUCAGCAUCGGUCUCGGAUCUCAAACGUCCUGCUUCGGCGGCUUCAUCGAACAACGAUGGCAGCCAGACGAUAUCACAAACCAAGGCGGCCAAGACACACUACGGCAAAGCUGCACGGGCCUUCCUCGCCAAGGAUCUCCAGACCGCACUGGUGCAAAGUCAGCACGCCGCUGAUCUGCUUCUGUCAUCUAGCCAGCUCGGUAGCAGUCUCACCGCAUCCUCGUUCCUUGACUCGGACUUAGAUCUGCAAAAGCUAGUCGACAAGGUGGCCAUCCUCCGUCUCACCGUCUUCACUCAGGUCUAUACCGAUAAGCAGAUCUCUGAUAGUAUCCACGACAAGCUCACACAGGCAAAACAGCAAACCUCAUCCACGACCUCCUCCGAUGGAGCUGCUAUCGAUCGCAUCCUGCUUCUUCUCUCCAAGCAACCGCAGAGUUUGAUUAGUCAUCUCUGGUUCGAAGCUUUGCGUUUGUGCACACACACUUCGGGCGAGAACGAUGCUCCUUCGCUCGACCCUACACCGGAAACGAUGCAUUUGGCUAUCGAGCUAUCAGCAUCCGUCAUCUCGUCUGCCGUCUUGGCUGCACUUCGACUCGAUGCACUCAACCCAGCAGCACGAACAGGUAGGAACGCUGCAAGGUUGAUUGCAGAAUGGUACCUUGCCUCGUUCUCCUCUGCUUUCGGUGCGGCUCCUCCCACGCCCAAGGCUGCGGCGGCGUAUGAGAAGAUCGUUGGACUGUACUCGCUGCAUGUGCUCGCAUCGCGGUUGGACGAGUGGGAGUACGCAAGAGAGUUUGUCGGCUACUCGAGCUUGGCUGAAUCAGUCAAGUUUGGGCUGUUGGAACAGAUUAACGAAGCACAGGCACAUUUGACGGCUCAGUCGGAGCGAGAACAAGAGGCAGUUGCUAAUGCACAAAAGACGUAUUUGGAGGAGAAGGCAAAGCGUGCAGCUGAGGAGAAGCAGGCAAAAGAGGCUGCUGUCAGUAAGAGUGGGUCAAAGAGUGGUAGUAAAGCUAGAGACCUUGCAUCGGGCAUGGGAAACUUCCUGACGGGAAAGAAGGAGCAAGUGGAAGCAACGGCUGGUGGUGGUAAGGCAAGUGCAAACGGAUCUUCUUCGGGCUCAUCAGGGUCUGGUUCGGAUUCAGGCACGCGCUCUUCUCGUCGACAACGUAGUCAGUCACCUGCUUACUUCUCGCCAAGGAACGGUACGGGCGAGUCGAGCGCAUGUUGUUCUACCAGUCCUUCUAUCUCGCCUGGUUCGACAAGGAGUGUCGAGUCUGCAUCUAAGCAGUCGGCUUCAAAAGAUGAACGCCGCUCGCUCCGACGUUCAAGCGGGUCCCGCUCAUCCGACUACGACGGUGGGAACGAAAGUAGUACUUCUGUCGCUUCGAACCACUCGAGACGCUCUGCACGCAAAGAGGCUGCCUCCGCAAGCGAAGCUGCGCCUACAGCCGGUAAGGAAGCGCGAACCAAAGACGACAGGAGCUACGCCUCGACUCGCGCUCAUCUUUCGAGGUAUAUCGAAGGAGACCAUGGGCACAAGCCUUCUGCUGCUUCGAACAGAAGGAAUAGCGAGCGUGAUCUGACAUGGAAGCGACCGUCUGGGGAUUCGAUCCUGUCGUCGAUUCCGUCGAUGUUUGAUUUCCGCAAAGCGAGUCAGACACGAACAUGGCUGAUGUCGGCCAUUGUGAUGCUGAUCGUUUUCUAUCGCAUUGCGAGGAGGCCGCCUGCUGCUGCGAGCAAUGCGGCCGGCAGGGCGAGGAGGAACGCUGCAGCUCAAGAUGCCAGGAGCAAGUUGGUUGGCAAGCAUGCUUCGGCUGGUGGAGGAGUGAUCGGGAUCAACUGGCUGUUCUUGGUUUGGAGGAAGGUUAUGGAUACGAUCAGAAUGGGUACGCAGGUGACUUAUCUCUGA